AUGGUAUUGCGUGAGCCUGUUAAGCGCAAGCCAACUAAAAGUUCCAAAGCGGCGAAGCCCGAUAAGCAGUUGAGCAAUGAGGGAAUGCUUCUGAAAAAACGAGUAAAGAAAGUGAAGCCUGAGGAAGUUCCAGUCGCUGCCUCCAAAGCAAGCAAGAAGGGCAAAGCAGUGCGUAUCCACGAGGUCCCUACGAUCCUUAAGGGUCCGAGCAAGAAGAGCGCCUCGAAGCGUGUUUCUGCACCCAAGGAUGAUGUCAUCGAGGAUACAGAUGAGGUCGAUGCGGAGGAAGAUGCAGAUGAUGCGGAGGACGAUGAUGAGGACGACUUCUUGGAAGGCUUCUCCGAGGACUCCGACGAAGAGGACGAGGAAGAUGAUGCACUUGCUAGUCGUAUUGCUCCAGCGCGUGAUGAGGUUGUUCGUCUUCCUAGCAGCCGCGAUGAUGCUGCAGUGCGCCAGCGUCUGGAAAAGGCGCUCCGAAAGCACGCAGAGCGUGGCGAUAGCGAGACAGGCGUCGUGUACAUUGGUCGUCUCCCUCAUGGAUUCUUCGAAGAUCAAUUGCGGGCUUACUUUUCCCAGUUUGGGGACAUUCGACGUCUGCGACUGUCACGCAACAAGAAGACUGGUCGUUCGCGUCACUAUGGAUUCAUGGAGUUUGUUUCUCCUGAAGUCGCUGAAAUUGUGGUGGACACAAUGAAUAACUACUUGCUGGAUGGUCAUCUGCUUCAGCUUUCUAUGAUCCCCUCGGAGGAGGUGCACCCUAACCUAUGGAUAGGCGCCAACCGUAAGUAUCGUCGCGUGCCAGCGGACCGUGUGGAACGGGCUCGCCGAUCGCGGUCGCGGUCUACUGAGGAGCGUGCUAAGGUGAACCAGAAGCUGCUCCAGCGUCAGAAGAAGCGUCGCGCUGCAUUGGAGCGCGCAGGCAUCGAAUAUGAUUUCCCAGGAUACCAAAUUUAA